UAUGCUCUAGGAAAGCGUACUCAAGUUGAAUCAGCUCUUGUAGUAAUAUAGUUAGUCUAAAAUGAAUGACUCAUCAGAACUUCUUAUUCUGGAAUAGCAAUUACAAGUAAAAAAGUUGGUAAGAGUGAUUUAGCAUACAACCUCAGAAUUUCAUGCACUCAAGGUUUCAUACGAGAAGUACCAUGAGAUUUGGAGAGAGCUUCUAUUACAGAUUGAGUAUCAACCCACUGAUGCUAUUGUCAUUCGUUAAGUUGGGUCAGGAAAGAAGAGUCUCCUCAAAUAAUAACUUAGUUCCAAUAUCGACCCUCUACUGUAUCCAAGCAUAUAAUAACAAGUGCCACUGUUUAACAUCUUAAUGCUGUAUCAAUUAAAGAGUUGGACACAUUAACCAAAUUGAUUGACAGUGAGCCAGUUUUUCAAACUCCAACUUUUGUCACUGACUCUGAGAUCUAGCUCGAUCGAUUGAUAGAAAUGCAUAAGAAUUAAAUCAAUAAGGAAACAUCACCAAUAUGCUCAUGGAUUAUAGAGUAUUGGUCUUGUAUUGAAAGAUUUACAAGGAUAUUUGAUCAAUACAUCAAUCUAAUUAGUAAAUAUGAAGCCAAACUAUAAAAUUCUAUUAAAACUUCUUCAGAAUUAAGUAUUCAAAAAUAAUUGAGUAAUAUUACUAUUUAUUCUAGAGUUAUCAUCUGAUGAAAUAAAAAAAAAAAGUAUUUCUGAAAAGGAAUUGAAUCCCUCAAAAGAUUCUUGUAUACAAUGUUGUUAAUUCUGAA